AUGCCCAAACGACCUCGAUCGAAGUCACCUACCGCUCCUGCCGACGUGAUCGCAGGUUCAUCAAGCUCAAAGCGAUAUCAUGGUUUACCAUCAUCCCAGACCAGUCAUCAUGUUCCGAAUAUAUCGAGCGGUGAAAGUAGUACCAACAGGUCUAUAGCAGAUCUGUUUCCAUUCCAAGAGAUCUUUCUUAGGAUAUUGUCGUUUCUACCGCCUAAUGACCUAGCCAUGGUCCAACGUGUGAAUAGAUAUUGGGGUAGGAUGAGUGUUGAUCCUCAGCUCUGGAAGAGGUUGUAUCUAGCUCGAUACCCUCAUCCACAUCAUUCUCGAUUGAUUUACAAUAAUUCAGCAUCAUCGCCUGCCUCGGAAAUUGAGAAGGAAGUUAAUGUAUCUUCACCUCGUACGCCUAGAUCACUCAGGCCGAUAGCGAGAUUACCCUCAAGAGCUUUCCCGCCCCCAUCUCCUAAACGAUCGCCGUCCUUCUCACAUGGUCAACUCACACCUAGCUCAAGUGCAACACCUAUCAGGACAGAAGGUACAGGUCAUGCUACACCUUUGUCCUCGCGGGUGGAUAAAGGUAAAGGUAGACAGACGGUCGAUGACGACGAGGUCGGUCAUGGUAUAAGGAAUGACGGGGUAGACUGGAAAUUAAUGUUGAGGUUAGGUACGAAUUGGUCGAAUGGCAAUGCCUUGUCCCAAUCGACUAUACCCCUACCGCCAUCACCUUCACCUUCAGUCCACAGCGACUCGGCGGUACCGCCCCUUACUCUCUCACCCACAGCUGUCUCUUCCUCUCGCAACCCAAGUACCUCAGAACAAUACGUAGCUCUUUCACCUUCAUACAUAUUUAUCUCCUCACCGCUCUCACCAUUAAUCCAAGUGCACUCGUCCACCUCACAUGGUCAGCCACUAGGCAUCAUCCCUCCGCCUCCUGGUUGGUCCAACCCAAAACGACCUGAUAACGUUACUUGCAUAGUUUCCGAUCAGUCUGUAAUUCCCAUCGACGAUGGACAUGGAGAAACCCUACCAGCGAGGAUGACAGUGUUCUAUCAGUCGGGUGGCUUUGUCGUUCUUACUAUUUCGCCUAGUAUAGUCGGCAAAGGUAUUAGCUGGAAGAGAGAGUUCAUCAAUCCACCAAAUAAUAGACCCAGGUCCAUCAGGAGGAGAGCUACAACAUAUGAGGCAGCAGAAGGUGAUACCGUGGUUUUGGCUACGCUCCACUGGCCAAUCUUGAUUAGCUGUACGAGGGAUUUCAACCUUUCGGUAUAUUCCCUUACACCCUCUAAUAUCUCAGGGGAUAUCAAUCAGAUACCGAGACCUAGACAUCUGCAGACUCUGAAAAGUGAAGUAUCAUAUCAUCCUGCCAACCUCACUUUGUUUCCUACUUCACCUUCCUCGACAGACUAUGAUCACCUGGAUAAACAAUCGAUACAGGAGGAGAAAAACGAGCACAAUCAUUUCAAAGCUUCUCUCACUUACUGUACCCCAUUAUAUCCAUCAUCAUGGACUAUAGCCGUACAAGAGUUCUCCAUUGAUAACCAGCAUGAAACGGUCGAAAGGGGAGAUUCAUUCCAUGUUGGACGUAAUGACUAUGAGGAUCAAGAUCAAGACGAGAUCAUCUGGCCGAAAAGGAUCAAACCUCUGAUUGGAGUUAGAGGUAAAGCCGUGGGGAUCGGAUCAGAUGGCAGAUGGUGCAUCCUCGUAGGUGAACGGGAGAAUAAAAUUCAGGUGUUUUCGUUACCGCAUCAUCACGAAUUCGAACAUAAUCUUGAAUCAAGCAGUAGUAUGUUGGAGAACAAGAGGAAGUUCAAGAGGGAUAUCUGUCACCCGAUUACUCAUUCUCAGACAUUGAUAUCUUCCAAUUCAUCCGAUAUCACCUCCUUAGCCAUCAACUCGGGAAGAUGCGUUUCGAGUAACAGAGAUGGCAAAUUGCUAGUAUGGGAGUUAGAUGAACAUCAUGAUCAUGAGGAAAAUGUGGGUAAGACAGUAGGUUAUGUAGAAGUGAAGAAAGGAGGUAGGAGACAAAGUGUUUGGAAAGGUCCUACUGGUCCUCGACCCUCGCAUGACCUCGAUUUGGAAGAAGAGGGAGAAGAAGAGACGAGAGAAUGGCCACAUCCUCAAUCGAUCUCUUCUGCAGCUAGAGCUUUGUUUCUCCCUCGACCACCUAUCGGUAUGGAUCUCAAACACGCAGAGGAAGUCGUUUCGCAACCCCCGAUUAGGUAUUUGACGUUCGAUGAAGAGAAGAUUGUAGGUGUCGUCAAAGGUCCUCACGUUGGGGUUGGGGCUGGGAGUGGGACUGAAGAAGAAGUUAUGAAAGUAUGGAGUUUCAGUUAG